CUCUCUUUCUCCUUCUCAUCCCUCCCCACCCACACUCCCAGCUCGUCACUAUUAGAGCUGGGGGCUUGGGGUGCUUAGCUGAGCAAGCACUCACACUGUCGCACACAUCUCCUUCCCCUCUCCAUCGCCUCCAUCUCCAUGAGUAGCAGCCACACGCGUUGCGCAUUGCCAUCUCCCCAUCAAGCCUAGCCAGAUCUCUAUCUUGACAAGAACAAGAGCGGGAGCAAGGAUUUGUUGUCUAGCUUGUGUGGUGGCGAUGGAGCUGGCGACGAUGCUGACGCUGACGAUGCUGGCGUACUCGGCGGCGAUGCUGGCGCGGCUGCUGGUGGCGCGAGCCCGGCGGCGGCGGUGCUACCUGCUGGACUACGUGUGCUACAAGGCGACGGACGACCGCAAGCUGCCGACCGACCUGUGCGGCGAGAUCAUCCAGCGGAACAAGCUGCUGGGGCUGGAGGAGUACAAGUUCCUGCUCAAGGUCAUCGUCAACUCCGGCAUCGGCGAGGAGACGUACGGCCCGCGCAACAUGAUUGAGGGCAGGGACGCCCGCCCCGACCGCCUCCUAGAGGGCAUGGAGGAGAUGGACGAGACUUUCCACGCCGUCCUCGACGAGCUCUUCGCCAGGUCGGCCGCGCCGGGCGGCGUCGGCAUCCACCCCGCCGACGUCGACCUGCUCGUCGUCAACGUGUCCAUGUUCUCGCCGGCGCCGUCGCUGUCGGCGCGCGUCGUGAAUCGGUACGGCCUCAGGGAGGACGUCAAGGUGUACAACCUCACCGGCAUGGGAUGCAGCGCCACGCUCAUCGCGCUCGACCUCGUCAACAACUUCUUCAGGACGCACGACGGGAAGGUGGCGCUGGUGAUGACGUCGGAGUCUAUCGCGCCCAACUGGUACGCCGGCAACAAGCGGUCCUUCAUGCUGGGCAACUGCCUCUUCCGCUCCGGCGGCUGCGCCUACUUCCUCACCAACGACCCGCGCCUCCAUCUGCACGCCAAGCUCCGCCUUCGCCACGUCGUGCGCACCCACACGGGCGCCUCCGACGAGGCCUACAACUGCGCGCUCCAGAUGGAGGACGACGCCGGCAGGCCCGGGUUCCACCUCGGCAAGGAUCUCCCCCGCGCCGCCGUGCACGCCUUCAUCCACAACCUCCGCGUCCUGGCGCCCCGCGUGCUCCCGCUCCCGGAGCUCCUCCGCCUCGCCUGCGCCACCCUCUCCGCGCGCCUGGCCCGCAAGAAGGCGCAGCGCGGCUCCAACCACCUCACCAUCCGCAUGAAGGCCGGCGUGGACCACUUCUGCGUCCACACGGGCGGCACCGCGGUCAUCGACGGCGUGGGCAAGGGGCUGACCCUCACGGAGCACGACCUGGAGCCCUCCCGCAUGACGCUGCACCGCUUCGGCAACACCUCCGCCAGCAGCGUGUGGUACGUGCUGGGCUACAUGGAGGCCAAGGGCCGGCUCCGCCAGGGCGACCGCGUGCUGAUGCUCACCUUCGGUGCCGGGUUCAAGUGCAACAGCUGCGUCUGGACCGUCGAGAAGCCCGCCGCCGACGCCGGCGUCUGGGAGGACUGCAUCGACCAGUACCCGCCCAAGGACGUCACCAACCCCUUCAUGGAGAAGUACGGCUUCGUCAAGGACAUGAUGAGCUUGUGAUCAGCUGCUGAUGUCAUCCGACCAUGAACUACUCCAUAUAUAGAUAUCGAUUCUUCAACAGACUCAUGAAGCAAGGAGAUGAACACAAGGAUCAAAUUUAAGUCAAGAGAGGGUCGAUAAUCGAUAGAUGGAUGGAUUACCGUUAAAUGUUAUUAUUCUGUUCAUUAAGAAGAAGCCAAUUAAGCGAACGAUUCACACGUCUAAAUAGCUGCAUGCAUGCUUAUGAUUCUUUUGGUGGUGAUGGGAAGACUUGCGUAGCUGUGGGCCGGGCGAGGAUGCAGGGGAUAUGGCUUUCUUUUUCUUGGAUUUUAUCAUUUCUCUUUAAUCUUGGGUGUUGGUGUCGUGUUGUUGUCAUUUACUAUGGUGAUGAUGGAUUAAAGAGAAGAUUAUUUUUUUCAAUCAA